UCUUUUCCUUUUUAAAAUUUUGAAUAGGGGCUUUCACGUAAAUUCAGUUACAACAUUGAGCUAUAAUUGGGAAACGAAUUAAAUAUUAUUGGCAUAAUUAUCAGGUUAAAUUUAAAUUUAUAUAUAAAUAAUGAUAAAGAAAAAACUUCAUGAGAGAGCAGUGAGUACUAAGGUAUAUUAUUCACUAUUUUUUUCGAGAUAUGUUUGGCAUUGUCAGUCUAGUUUAGAGAUAUCUAUUGGAUAGAGAAAGUUGUACACAGAAAAUGUGUAUAAUUAAAAAUUAGUUAUGGUGUUUGAAACUCAGGAGUCAGAAUUAAUCUCUCUACUCUGACAGUUUCUUCACUCAAACUGUGACUGAUUGUUUUGGUACUGGGUAUGUUUUUUUUUUCUUUUUGGUUAUUGCUCUAGGUCAAACCUACUAAAACUUGUCCAAAAACCUAUUUACUUUCUACAGUUGUUUGCCAAAUCUCCUAUGUUUCUUAGAUGUAGUUUCUGGCCUAAUGAAGACUUUGAGGUUAAUUUAUUUCUAUUUCUAUGUUGAGAGUGGUUUAGUAUUUUAUUUCCAUUCCUUCUGUAUUUCAACCUUAUGUUCUGUUAUUACUUGUUGAGUUUCAAAUAUUUUUAUGUCAGAUUUGUAGGCUGUGAAUCUGCAAUAGGAACUUAUUCAUCACAGAUUUGUUAUUAUGGCUAGAUUGUUUUCCUUGUAUAAAUGAUGGAUUUUCCAGAGUCUACAAAGAUACUAUACAAUAGAAUUCAGGAACUGGAACCAGAAAAUGUUACAAAGAUUAUAGGAUACCUUCUUUUAAACGACUAUGAUGACCAGCAGUUUCUAUGGUUGGCUUCUGCUCCAGAACAUUUUGUUCAUCAAAUCAUAUCAAAGGCUAAAACUGAACUCCAACUAUUAGCUUCUAAGUCAGUCUCAAAUCCUAUGUCACCUUCCAUAAACCCAACUUCAGGUUUCUCUCCAUUCUCUUCUACUGCUAUUUCAAGGCCUAAAUUGUCUUCAAAUUUUCAAAUACCAUCUCCUUAUUGGGAUCCCCAGCUUUUUAAGAAUCAGAACUCUGAGAUUUUACAAAUGGGAUUCGGUGACUCACCCUUGGAACAUGAAAAACUUUACCAGUGUUUGAGUUUAGAGGAUCAGAUGGAGCAAAUAAACUCUGGAUUAUCAGGAUUAGGUAUGGACAAUUACUACCCAGAUGCUGGAAUUGGAGGCUUGAAUGAUAGAACAAGUAGAAGACUUUCAGGUCUUUCUGAGAUUCCAGUUAAGACUUGUCAUUAUUAUAUCAAGGGAUUUUGUAAACAUGGAAGUAGCUGUAGAUAUUCUCAUGGGCAAGUGAUUCCUGAAAGCUUUUCUCAGGCCUAUGAUUCUGCUAAUGACGACCAUCUUUUCUCUCCUGGCUCACUUGAGAAGUUGGAGUUGGAAAUAAUAGAGCUUCUUAAGUCAAGAAGAGGGAUUCCUGUUUCGAUUGCCUCUCUACCAGCGAUGUACUAUGAGAAAUAUGGGAAAUAUCUACAGGCUGAUGGCUACCUCACAGAGAGCCAGAGGCAUGGAAAAGCUGGGUAUAGUUUAACAAAGCUUCUGGCUCGAUUGAAGAAUAGUAUUCGGCUUAUUGACAGCAGGCCUCAUGGACAACAUGCCUUAAUUUUGGCUGAAGACUCUGCUAUGUACAUGGAUCACCGGAAUGAAAAGAUUGAUCCAGGUCCAAUUGUUAGCGGGUCAAGGCAGAUAUAUCUAACAUUUCCAGCUGAGAGCACUUUCACUGAAGAAGAUGUCUCAAUCUACUUCAAUUCCUUUGGGCCUGUUGAAGAUGUACGGAUUCCCUGCCAACAGAGAAGGAUGUUUGGAUUUGUAACUUUUGCUAGUGCAGAUACAGUGAGAGUGAUUUUGGCUAAAGGAAAUCCUCAUUUUGUCUGUGGGGCUCGGGUUCUCGUUAAGCCUUACAGGGAAAAAUCAAAGCUUGUUGAAAGAAAAUACUCAGAUAGGAAUGAAGCUCCAGCUUAUUAUUCUUCACAGUACCCGGACUUGGAAUAUGAGUUUCAAUCGAUUGCUAGAGGCAUUGAAAACUCUAGAAUGAUUAGAAAACAGUUAAUGGAACAAGAACGAGCCGUUGAGCUCGAAACAGUGAGGCUAAGGGAGAAGCCAGUGAAUGAUCAAUCAUAUUUUGGUUACACUAUGGAUGAUCUUAAAGUCUCCGAAGCAGAUGCAGCAGCAGCAGCAGCAGCAGAAGGUCAGCUCAAUUUCCCAUCCUCGGAACAAUUCAGUUAUAUGUUUGAUGUUAUUAACUGUGGAUCUACAAGUGAUGAUAAGUUCAAGCAUACAGACACCAAUACUGACCAAGAAGGUCAAGCACUAAAUCUCCCGGAUAGUCCAUUUGCAUCUUCCAGAGCUAAUGGCAUCUCUACAGUUACAUAGGUCUGGCAACACACAGAUUAUAGAGUUAGAAAUCUGAUUCAAAAGGCAACAUCUUCGGUCGAAACAUAUAAACUAUCUUUCCCUUCUUCCUUUUUUCUUUUCAAUCUUUAUUCGUCGAACAGUCAGUUUUCUGCACGUACAUACUGCUUAAAGAAGAACAAACACUGGAAAAAUUUCCUUCCCCCCUUAGUUGGAGCGAUGGAUCUAGUAAAGAAAUAUGAUACUUGGUAUAUAUAGAUAUUUAAGAAUGGUUUUACAGUUUCUAAUCUUAACCACAGAAAGAAAGGCAAGAAUUUCUGAAUCUUUAGAACAGAGACUGAUAAAUUAUGUAUUCAGUCUUUUUAGUGAGUAUAUAGAGUGUCUUGGAGGUUAAAUAUGUUUUGUUUAUACUCUCUGUAACACUGAGCAAUAGGUGAAAAUAACUGGAGCAGUAGUGGCAUCAACUUUAUAUACAUUUUAGAAGAUUUAAUAUAUUUUAUUAUUUCAA